AUGGUUUUCCACGAGCAAGGAGCGACGAGCAUAGAGAUGGAGUCCCCGUUCUCACCCGCUGGAGCAGCGCCUUCCUCCGGCAGCCUGCGAGAAAAGAGCGUGAGAAAGCCAUCGCCACCACCACCGGAGCACGAACUCAUACUUGUAGCUUUGAGGCUCUCGGUGCUGGAGAAGGCCGCGAGUGGGCUGGGAGUCGUGGCAUUCGUCUGGGCGACGGUGGUUUUGCUUGGGGGAUUCGUCACCAGCCUGGAGGCCAGGGAUUUCUGGAUCAUCUCCGUGCUGCUGCUCACCGAGGGGACGCGAGUUUUCAGCCGGAGCCACGAGCUGGAGUGGCAGCAAGCUGCACCGAGGAUUUCCAUUAGAACACGAGCAAAGUCGAUCAUAAACCAUACCCGGCCAACCAUCUUUGGAAGCUCCUCGCAGCCGGAUCUAGUCCCUGCUCACAAGCCCGAGACAAAGUUGUCAGAUAAGAAUUCGAGCGAUCAAGGCGCAAGCUUUUUCACUGCCAACCGAAUCAGUGCUCUCCUUUACGUCAUGCAACUCGCGUCGGCUCUCGUCUGCGUUGGGUUGUCGGUCACUCGACUUUCCACUGCAGAGCUCAGCGGAAUUUCCACCAAGAACAAGAACCAAGACUACGCUCUCGGUAUUUUCUACUCGCUCGUCCUUGCCGAGGCCUUGAUCUUUCUAGCGGAGAGAGCUUACUGGGAGUUUCAAGUUGGCUACAAAGGACUGGUUUCUAGGGUGACUCGGGAGUGCCGGCUCGGGACGGAUCAAAUCGACAACGUCAAGCGCUUUUACUAUGAAGUAUACUCGGACUGUCUCAAAGGCAGUGUUUUCGAUGGACUCGGCAUGGAUCUUGUGGCCUAUGGAAUGGAUGAUCUCCAGGAGAACAACGCAAGGGAGCAACUCGGGGGCGCUUGUAUCCUGCUGGCGUUUCUAGAACGGGAGGAUCUUGCAGAGGAGACGAUGAGGAGAAUCGGAACGAAACCGGGAGUUAUAGAGCGGCUGAUAGAAAUGCUUACUUGGAAAGAGAAGUACGAGGAAGAUAUCCAACGAGUGGCUGCACAAAUUGUUUGCCAAGUUGCCUGCCAGAAGAGCGUCUCAGAAUAG